UCACGUGUUGGAAUAGGCCAAGCGUUAAGCGAGGUAUGAAAUUGCGUUACCAUGGUAACGUCAAGAGGGUUGUAGCCCUCUGGUUUACUAUCGUUUCCCACCCUCAGCUGAUUGGCUAUCUCGGCGCACAGAAAAUUUGAUUUUGUCUGAGAUGAUUAUGUUUACUCUAUUAAAACUAAAAGUGACUAAACCUAGGUUCAUGCUAAAGCUAUUUAAGUUUAGAAAAUUGUAUCUUUAGCUGUUGCUUUCGCGUCCCAUAACACAAAACUUAUCUACGAUCUUUUCUGCACCUUUUCUUCUAUUACCGACUUAAACUUAAAAAAAGACGUAUUCAAUAACAGAAAUAUCAGGGUCUUAACCAAACGACAGCCAAUGGUUUUUAAACAAUUUAAGCAGGAUCAAGGCUAUGGGAAAUCAACAACGUGCCUUAUAAAAUCUUCCUCUACAACCCUAGUAUCUAAGUACUCUUGUUACUUGAUGUUGUCCAAAAAAUAUUCGAAGUCCGACAUUCAUAGCGUCCAACAACGAAACAUUCGGUCCCAAUAUCUGUCCAAAUACCAAGAGAUUUAUACAAGUUGUUAAACUACUUUGACUAUACAAGAACAUACUAACUGAAUUGUCAACCUCCACAUUUUUGAAGUUUCUUAUAGAGGUUGAAUAUGUUGUCCAAGAAGUUAUUGUAAUAGAGGGAAGUGCAGUAGUGUGGAUGGUGUUGCAAGCAGCAUGUCUGUGUGGGUGGGCAGUGGCGCAGGCGGCGAGGUGCGCGCGCCGCCCGCCGCCACUAUCCUCUCGACCAACACCUCCAUGGAGUCCGGGAUCGAGGCCGGGGUCCUGCCGACUGUCACGGGAUCUCUCGCUUCUGCCAGAGACUCCCUCGGUUCCAUAUCCCGGGCUGCGGAACCGCUCUACGACACGGAUCACACGGACCUGGGCUCAGAGCUGGACGAGGCGGAAAUACGGAGGGAGUUGAUGCAUGAUAAAUGGCGCCUCUUAUUUGAUAGAUUCGAUCCAGAGGGUUUCGGCGAGAUCCCGUGGCCAGAUUUCAAAGAGACACUUCAUCAUCCAGAUUUUAUAGCAUCAGUACCACCACACAAACGUGAGAUUCUCCUAGACAAGGCCCAGAGCGCAACGAGCAACGCAAUAACAUUUCAGGAGUUCGUAAAUGUGGUAUGUACGCAUCUCCAAUUCGCACGGCAAGUAAAGGCAAACAUUAAUUACAGGGAAGCACCGUGUAAUCUUAUUACGUUUGUAACAAACUGUGUAAAACGAGAUUAGGUACUUAACGCUUUUAGCGGCGUGAUCCAUUGUGUUCCUGUGUAAUCCUAUUGUCCCGGGCUAGCGCCUGGCGAAACCGCCUUAUCUCACUUAUCUUGUUCACGGUAGCAGGAAUAACAGAUUAGGUAAUCUAUUCACUUGCAUCGUUAUCUCCUGUUGCAUCGCGUGCCCGAUGUUUGUCCCCUAAUUUGUGAGGGAUGGUAUACAUUUACGAUAGAAAAACUUUAUCGAGUUUAUAGAAGCACCCCUUAUCAGUGAUCUUGUGAAUUCAAUACUAUUAUUUUCGCUGUUUGUGUUGAGAAAUGUAAAAGGUUUUUGUGUCUCUUAUUGCUCAACGGGACCUUAGACAUUUUUCUAUUUUUUUUUCAGAAGUUAGGUUUAUUAAAUCAGGACCUAUAGUAAUUCCAGGUCGCCUAAGAGUAAGAAAUC